ACCACUUCCGGCCUGGAGGGGGGAGGGCAGUCUCCGAGUUUCGGAGGGGCUUGGAGAGAGUGGACGCGCUCGGGAAUUGUAGGAGGACGAGGCUCAGCUCUUGCCAGGCCAACUUGAGACAUGUCUGACACAAGCGAGAGUGGUGUGGGUCCAACUCGUUUCCAGGCUAAAGCUUCGGAAAAGAACAGUGGCUCCAUGAUGCAGACCCUGUUGACAGUGACCCAGAACUUGGAGGUCUCAGAGACACCGAAGGCCUCAGAGGCUGCAAAGGUCCCAAAAGCCUCAGGGGUCUCAAAGGCUACAGAGAUCUCAAAGGCUACAGAGAUCUCAAAGGCCUCAGAGGCUCAGGAGUCAGCUACCAGCCAGGCCUCACCUACCACCCAGCUGACUGAUGCUCAGGUUCUGGCAGCUGAAAACAAAAGUCCAACAGCUGACACCAAGACACAGAAUACUGACCUGCAGGCUGUAACAAUGCCUGCCACCGAGACCAAAAAGGUCAGCUGUGUGGCUGAUACGAAGGUCAAUACAAAGGCUCUGGAGUCUGAGGCUGCUGCCUCUCAGGCUCCAGCAGAUGAACCUGAGUCUGAGGGUGCAGCUGCUCAGGCUCAGGAGAAUCAGGAUACUCGGCCCAAGGUCAAGGCCAAGAAAGCCCGAAAGGUGAAACAUCUGGAUGGGGAAGAGGAUGGAAAUAGUGAUCAGAGUCAGGCUUCUGGAACCACAGGUGGUCGAAGGGUCUCAAAGGCCCUGAUGGCCUCAAUGGCCCGCAGGGCCUCAAGGGGGCCCAUAGCCUUUUGGGCCCGUAGGGCAUCAAGAACUCGGUUGGCUGCUUGGGCCCGGAGAGCCUUGCUCUCCCUGAGGUCACCUAAAGCCCGCAGGGGGAAGGCCCGCCGUAGAGCUGCCAAACUUCAGUCAUCCCAGGAGCCUGAAGCACCACCACCUAGAGAUGUUGCCCUUUUGCAAGGGAGGGCAAAUGAUUUGGUGAAGUACCUAUUAUCUAAAGACCAGACAAAGAUUCCCAUCAAACGCUCAGACAUGCUGAAGGACAUCAUCAAAGAAUACACUGAUGUGUACCCUGAAAUCAUUGAACGAGCAGGCUAUUCAUUGGAGAAGGUAUUUGGGAUUCAGUUGAAGGAAAUUGAUAAGAAUGACCACUUGUACAUUCUUCUCAGCACCUUAGAACCCACAGAUGCAGGAAUACUGGGAACGACCAAGGACUCACCCAAGCUGGGUCUCCUCAUGGUGCUUCUUAGCAUCAUCUUCAUGAAUGGAAAUAGGUCCAGUGAGGCUGUCAUCUGGGAGGUGCUGCGCAAGUUGGGGCUGCGCCCUGGGAUACAUCACUCACUCUUUGGGGAUGUGAAGAAGCUCAUUACUGAUGAGUUUGUGAAGCAGAAGUACCUGGACUAUGCCAGAGUCCCCAAUAGCAAUCCUCCUGAGUAUGAAUUCUUUUGGGGCCUGCGCUCAUACUAUGAGACCAGCAAGAUGAAAGUCCUGAAAUUUGCCUGCAAGGUACAAAAGAAGGAUCCCAAGGAAUGGGCAGCUCAGUACCGUGAGGCAAUGGAAGCAGAUUUGAAGGCUGCAGCUGAGGCUGCAGCUGAAGCCAAGGCGAGGGCUGAGAUUAGAGCUCGAAUGGGCAUUGGGCUUGGCUCUGAGAAUGCUGCUGGGCCCUGCAACUGGGACGAAGCUGAUAUUGGACCCUGGGCCAAAGCCCGGAUCCAGGCGGGAGCUGAAGCUAAAGCCAAAGCCCAAGAGAGUGGUGGUGCCAGUGCUGCUGCCAGUACCAGUACCGGUGCCGGUGCCAGUGCCAGUGCCAGUGGUGGCUUCAGUGCCAGUGCCAGCCUGACCGCCACUCUCACAUUUGGGCUCUUCGCUGGCCUUGGUGGAGCUGGGGCCAGCACCAGUGGCAGUUCUGGUGCCUGUGGUUUCUCCUACAAGUGAGAUUUCAGAUAUUCCUAAUCCCAGCAGUCUUUCUCUUCAAGCCAAGGGUGCACCCUCAGAAUCCUACUCAAAACAGCACUCUAGGCAGCCACUAUCAAUCAACAGAAGUUGACACUCUGCAUUAAAUCUAUUUGCCAUUUCUGA